AUGAAGCCCUCACAGCGCGUCGAGCCCGCGGCCAACGAGGACAUGCCGCGGUGCAUGGAAAUCUUCAACCAGGCCUUCGGCUUCGUGCCCAUCCACGAAAUCUCCCACGGCACCGACACGCCCGCCAACCGGCUCAUCACCGCGGCGCUGCACCUGCGCGGGCAGCGCGAGCACCGCACGCGCUUCCCCCUCGCGCCCCCCGUCUGCGUCAAGUGCGUGCAGCCGGACCCUUCCACCGGCGCCGACAAGAUCGUCGGCUACGCCGAGUGGUUCAUCUACGACCGGGCGCGCAGCGACGCGGAGCUGGCUCGCGAGGACGCCGAGCCCUUCAUGAUGGGCUUCUCGUGGAUGCAGGAGACUGAUCCGGAGGGGCGGGCGCGGUGUCUGGCGUUUGUGCGGCCGGGCAACGACGCGCGGAGGCGGCGCAUGGGCGGCCGGCCGUACGGCCAGCUCAAGUUCAUGUGCGUCGAUGGGGCGCAUCGCCGGCAGGGCGUGGGGUCGGCUGUCGUGCGCUGGGGGAUGGAUCGCUGCGCGGAGCUGGGCGUGCCGGCGUACCUGGAGGCGAGCGUCGAGGGCAUGGAGCUGUAUCGCCGGAUGGGGUUUGAGGACAUGGGCCCCGCGACGGAUGAGAAUGGCGAGCCGUAUGCGUAUCCCGCCAUGAUAUGGUGGCCUCCGGGGGCGAAGCGGGACCUGGAUGGCACCAUGGACACGAAGGAAGGGGCGGCUGCGAAUGGGAUAUAG